AAACAAUAAAAUUGCAAAUAUUGUGUGCGUUAAACAAAAGCAACACGAAUCGUUAAAAUAAGAAGGAAAACUUUUCCAAAUGAAAGUCAAAUCUAUAUGGAUUUCUUAGCUUGAUGAAUUGCGUGUAACAAAGUGCGAAUAGAGUAAAGACCAGCGACAAGCUUGUGGUCAGGUGCAGUGGCGGUACAAAGUGAAAUAGGUGUAAUUGAAUUUAUAGACAAGUGUGCAUAUGUAAAUGGAUAUUAAUCGACAAAAAGAAAAUUAGCCAACAGGCAAUUUGCAAUUGGCAUUUUUAACAUUCUUUUGAGAGUACGAAUAUGUGCAAACACAUGCACAUCGUAUUGUACAUAAUCACUUAUCUUUAGAGUAUAUAACUGGGAGACGCAGGCAUAAACAAACCUUGUCUACAUACGAACAAGUAUAAUCUAAGAAAUCAAUACUGGUUUAAUUUAUCGGAGAAAAUCAAUUUUCGCUUUUGGCUUUUGUAACUAUAAUGGUGGAUAAAGACGAAGACAAGAAUAUUGUAACGAACAAUAUAGCUCAAAAACAGGAACAGAAUAAGAUUGCGCAAAAAACUCAUAACUUAUCAUCAACAGCACCAACAACAACAUCUCCGUCUUUACAACACACCUCAAAUGCCGCGGCAAGUUCAGGAGCCAGCUGCAAUCAGAUUGCAACAAAUUCUACACACCUGGUAGGCAGUCAUAACCAUCCAAAAUUGAUACCCAUACAGAGUGUACUAAACACCACCGACUCACACCAUCAGAAUACUGCAGCAGCUACACAUCAAGCAAAAGGCCAUGAUAAUACCACAACUUUUCCGCAAUUCAUUACCGGUAGUGCUAGUGGCGCCCAUACGCAACUGGCCACAGAGUUGCCGCACGAAGACGAGGAAAGGCUAGAGAAGCUAUUCAACACGCUUGAUCGGGACGGUAAUGGACGUAUAGAUAUUCAUGAUCUCUCUGAAGCAUUACGAGAGUUUGGUCUCUCAAGUGUUUAUGCCGAGAAAUUCUUGGAACAAUCCGAUAUUAAUCAAAGUGGCGAUGUUGGCCUGGCAGAAUUCGUGUUCUAUGUGCGUGAACACGAAAAGAAUUUACGACUACAGUUUUCACAUCUGGAUAAAAACAAAGAUGGCAAAGUGGAUUUGGAAGAGUUAAUAGACGCUUUUAAAGAUUUGGGCAUUGAAGUUGACCCAGAGGAAGCCACAAAUCUACUUUCACGAAUGGAUCAAGAUGGCAGUUUAAAUAUUAGCUUUAAUGAAUGGCGCGAUUUCCUAUUAUUGGCACCAUCCACUGAUAUUCACGAUUUGAUCAAAUUCUGGCGGCAUUCUACUUACCUUGACAUUGGUGAAGAUUUAAAUGUACCUGAUGAUUUCACGCAAAGUGAAAUGCAGACCGGCAUGUGGUGGCGCCAUCUGGCGGCUGGUGGUAUUGCAGGUGCAGUGUCGCGUACAUGCACAGCUCCAUUAGAUAGGAUAAAAGUGUACUUGCAGGUUCAAACACAUAAAGCCGGAAUCUCUGAUAGUUUAAGAUAUAUGCUAAAUGAAGGAGGCCUCCGCAGCAUGUGGCGUGGCAACGGUAUAAAUGUGCUGAAAAUUGCCCCCGAAUCAGCGAUCAAAUUUGCCGCUUACGAGAAGAUCAAGCGUCUAAUACGCGGCGAUGAGAAGCGCCAGAUGACGAUUGGUGAACGUUUUAUGGCUGGUGCAGCGGCCGGUGGCAUCUCGCAGACGGUCAUCUAUCCGAUGGAAGUAUUAAAGACACGCUUGGCCUUGCGUAAGACCGGUCAGUAUAAGGGUAUAUUGGAUGCAGCGAAAAAGAUCUAUUUAAUGGAGGGUGUACGUAGCUUUUAUCGUGGUUACAUUCCGAAUAUGUUGGGCAUUAUUCCUUAUGCCGGUAUUGAUCUGGCGGUAUAUGAAACUUUGAAGAAAAAGUAUUUAAGUAGUCAUAAUACGGAACAGCCAAGCUUUCUCGUGCUGUUGGCAUGCGGCAGCGCGUCCAGUACAUUGGGACAGGUGUGCUCGUAUCCAUUGGCGUUGGUGCGCACGCGACUGCAGGCGCAAGUGAUCACCAAAAGCAAGCAACCCAGCGUGGGCAUACCCUUGCGGCAGGCGGGCGCUAUCAAUGACGACAACAUGUUCGGUGUCUUUCGCAAGAUUCUACACAACGAAGGCAUCUGUGGCCUGUACCGCGGCAUAACACCGAACUUCAUUAAAGUACUUCCAGCCGUUUCGAUCAGUUAUGUGGUGUACGAGUAUUCCAGCCGUGCUUUGGGUGUGAAUAUGACGUGAUCCCUCUACGUUAAGCGCAAUGUUAAUAAAAACAAACCAGCAACAAAUGAAUGGUCUUGUUACACAACAACAACAACAAUAAAAACGGCGCUCAGCUGCAUACUUAUAUACAUAUAUAUUUAUAUAUAAACGAAUACAUAUGUAAAUAAUAAUGCGCUAGCCCUAAACAGUACUAUUGUUGUACUUUUACUCCCAGUCUCUGCCUAUAAUUAAAUGCUACCAACAUUUGUAUAAUUCACAUUUUACUUUUUUUUGUUUUUUGUUUUCUGUUAGUAAUAUUGUAGUGAUAAUUUAGCAAAGAUGCUCCGCGUGAUACUAAUUGCUAAUUACAUACAUAAACAAAAACAAACAAAGAAGAAAAAAAAAAA